AUGUUAAUCAAAGAAAUUCCCAGUACCGGCACCAACGGUGGCAAGCGGGAAACUUCAUCCUUGGUUCAUAAAGAAAAGACUAAUCCGUCUAUGCCAACCACCGCUCCGCCAAAAACCAGCACGACCACUCCAAGUCCAGAAGUAGAUGAGGAGACCUUACGGCAUCUCGACAAAAUCCUCAAAAGUAUACCCCGUGAGUUGGACGAUGCAGCCGCAUUUGCAAAACUUAAGGCUAGACUUGGGAUUUCCCGGUCUAAAGCUAAAGCCUCAUCCUCUAAGACAACAAUCCUGCCUAGUUCUCCCACAUCACCACCACCAUCUCCCAUCCAACCUUCACCUCCGUCUCCUACCCAGUCGAUGCAAUGCAGUGAGUCAACCUCGGACGUGGAAGGAUUAAGGGAAGACUAUGGGCAGCCGUUCGCUAUACCAUCGCCAACAAACGGAGACGGCUCCAUUCCAAUUCAUGAGCCGCAUUUGACUAAGGACGGCAACAUCAACGAUGAAGGGGUGGAGGAAUUCCUCCCGUUGUUUGACUAUGGGGAAACAGACAAAAAGGAAAAGGAGCCGUUGCGAUUACGGAGGCUGGUGGAUGAGGAGGAGCCUCAGAUCCAGGAUUCUGGAGAGGAGAAGGAGGCUGCUGCAGGCAACCUGGUGAGGGAGGAGAGAAAGAGGAAAGGGAAAGGAAAUGUUGUUCCUACUCCCAAGAGAAGCCGCCCCGCCAACUCCGGGGUCGUCAUUACCGAUGCUUCUACACCAGCUCCACCACUGCCAGGAGAUGAAGACAGCGCUUCAGAGGAACAGCAGUUACGCUAG